AUGAUUUCUUUUUCAACAGGAAAUAGUUUUAGAAGUAUUGGAUUCAACUACAGGUUGGGAUUCAGUACGGUUCGAGAAAUUGUAAAAGAAGUCUGUGAUGCAAUAUGGAAUAGAUUGGGACCAAUCGUAAUGCCACCACCAACAGAAGAAAUGUGGAAAAAUGUUGCAGCAAAAUACAAAAAAAUGUGGCAUUUCCCAAAUUGCAUCGGUGCUAUUGAUGGUAGUCAUUCAGUUGUAAUUUUAGCACUUGUUGAUGCAGACUAUAAGUUUAUUGCAAUUGAUGUCGGUUUAUAUGGACGGAACAGUGAUGGUGGAAUUUUUUCUCAGUCAGUAAUUGGUCAAAAGUUGAAUAAUAAGACACUCAAUGUUCCAGAGCCAUCCCCUUUAACAGAAAACGGAGAUCCUCAGCCUUAUGUCAUUGUUGGAGACGAAGCAUUUCCAUUAAAGAGUUAUUUGCUUCGCCCAUACAGUAAAAACUAUUUAGGGGAUAAUGAGCCCAAUAAAAUAUUCAACUACCGAUUGUCACGAGCAAGACGCGUUGUCGAGAACGCUUUUGGAAUAUUGGCCGCUCAUUGGAGGUGUUUCCGUGGGCACUUAGAAGUACAACCAGAAUUUGUAGAUAAAAGAUUGCAAAGUUUCUUGUCCCAUUCUAUUUCUUAUUUUGUUCAUAAUCCUAUUCAUUGUACUGAAAGAGCGCUCCGCAGUGGCCGUUGA